UUGCUAAAGAGCUCAUUUCCUCCCGUAUUUCAAUUUAUUAAUAGUAAUUAACUAAUUGUGUUUUGAUUCAAUUAUAAUGACGAUGAUGAUUAACUAGGAUAAUCAAAUUGUUGGAUUUGCCCAGAAAAAAAAUGAAUCAGUUAAUUAGUGUGAAUGAAAACUUGAGCUUAAUUAGUGAUAAGAAUUGGAUCAAAUAUGAUUACAAGUGACAAUUUGCUAAUUGCUUGUGAUUAACAAGGUGGUUAACAAGUGAUUGAAUCAAUAAUGAAAUUGUCAACAAUUAAAGUUAAUUCGUUACAAUUUAUUUGGAUAAUUAUUUUUCAUUCAGGUUCAACGUUGGGAUUAAGUGUUAACUCAUCAUCUUCUGUGUUAAUUGUUGAUAAUCAAGGUGAUGAUAAUUCAAAUGAUUGGAUUCCAAUUGCAACAACUGAGCGUUCAUGUAACUGUAAAUUCAAUCCGAUAACAACAAUUAAAAGUGAUUUAACUGUAACAACAAUUACCCCCAAUGAUUUAAUCAAUUUAAAUGAUUCAAUUGAUGAAAUUAAAUUAGUAUCAAAUAAAAUUACUGUAAUUAAGGAUGGAAACAAUUAUGAUCAUGACAAUAUUUCAGUUGUGACUGGUACAGUUACCACAAUUAAGGAUGAUAUUGAUAUUGAACUGAUCGGAUCAACUGAAUUAACUGUGACAGUUGAUUCAGUUGAUUCAAAUUCUGGUGAAACUGAGGAUGAAGUAACAACAAGUAAAUCAGAAAGUUCAACAAUUAAAACAUUAACAACAAUAAGUGAAGAUGAAGCCGAAGCUGAAGUGACAACUUUGAAACAAUUAAUUACCACCGAGAAACAAUCAACUGUUACCGAAGAUCCUAAUCAAGAAUCAAUAGAACCUUCAACAAUUGUGAUCACUAAGGUGGAGAUUGAUGAUGAAGAUAAAGUUGCCACCACUGAUUCAGAUUACCAGGAAUCAGGGAAAACAACAACAAUUAAAUCAGUUGAUUCUUCAACUGAAGCAAGUGAAAGUGGUUUACCUUCAACCCUAAUUACCGUUAGUUCAACAAAUGAACCGACUACAAUUGUAGAUAAUUCUGAUUCUGAUUCGGAUGAAGAUAAGAAGGAAAAUGUAACCCCAUCAACGAGCGAUGGUGAGGGUUCCACAACUUCCAUGGUGGAUGAAGGGAUAACUCAAAUUUCUGAAAGUGAUAAAGAAGAUGAAGAUGAAGAUGGUGAAAGUGGUGGAUCGACAUCACCAGAGGGAAAUGAGCAAAUGACCACUGUAAGUGUUGGGGUCAGUGUGAUACCUGUGACAGAAGAUGAGAGUGAUGAAGGGAUAGAAACUGAUUCAACAACUACAAAAAGCGAUUCUGGUGUUAGUCCAACUGAUUCAGUUACAACGGAAAGUCAAACUGAAAAUCCUUCAACACCAGAGAAAAUUGAACCUCCGUAUGAAAAGUCGACUGAGACACCAAUGCCCGAAGAGGAGAGUUCUGAUCUACCAACUUCCUCACUGAUGACCACAGUUUCAGUUGAAACUCCGCCUAAUUUUCCCUUUUCAUCAACAGAAAUCCCGUCUAAGUUGUCCACAAAACUCCAGGUAAGUUCAGAAGUACCUACGGAACAGACAGAAUCGGAAAUAACAUCACCAACUGAGCUUUCAGCUACAUCGGAAUCGGGAUCAGAAUCAGAAUCAGAACCAGAAUCAGAAUCAGAGUCUACAAGUGAAACUUCAGAUGCUCGACCAACUGAUUCAUCCACAGAUUCAGUAUCAGAACCAGAGCCAGCAUCAACUAUGACACCAUCUGAUCCAACCGAAUCUCAACCAGUUCCUCCAGCUACAUCUUCGUCAACAGAAAUACCCUUAAAACCAUCAACCCCUGAUUCGACAACACUACUCACCGAAGAACCAACAACUCCAGACUCAACAACUGAGCCACCAGUCACCAUAUCACCUCCACCAGAGACUCCCACAGAACCACAAGAUGGAUCAUCAUUACCACCUUCAUCAGAAUUACCACCAAAACCGUCAACUGAUCCAACAUUUACAGUUACAGCAACUGAUAAUUCAAACGAAAUGACAACAUCAUCCACAAGCACAGAUCAAUCACAAUCAACAACAACGAUGAGCUCAAAUAAACCUGAACCAGAAGGAAGCACAGCUCCAACACCUACUCAGCCCUCAUCAUCUCAAUCGACCGAAGCUGAAUCAACAAAUGAACCAGAAAAACCCUCACCAGCACCAACCGAAUCAACACCAACACCAUCAACCCGAAUAGUUCCUAAUGUAACAUCACCAACACCGACAAUUACCCAAUGUAUUCAACUGUCAUCAUUACGCAAUUGGAGAUAUGAUUUACUUCAUCGAUUGGCCCAAACUCAGUACCAAAUAAUUAAACUUCGUCUCAAUCUACCCCCAGAAUCACCGCUUCGAAAAUCGAACACCUUUUUCCGUUCAAUUCGUUUUCUCCGACGAAUGUCCUGGUCAAUCAAUCGUCGUCCCCUCUGGCUAAUUUACAAUGCUCGAAUUCAAACACUUCGACUAAUCAAAAGUGAACAAUCAUUCAACUUGUUCGGGAUAAAUGUUCUAGUUGGUCUUUGGAAGCGUCGAUUAUGCUGCUUCAAUCGACUUCUAAUUGAAUGUGGUACAAUUUCAUUCAAUUGAAUAAUCAAUCAGACGAAAAACUUUCGGUCACAACAAUUAACUUAAUCAGAAAUAAUAAUAACUGCCAAUCAGUUAAUCAUCAAAAUGUAACAAAAAAUUGAUUGAAUUGGUCGUAACAAUUAACUAAUUACCCUAAUCACUUAUGUACAACAAUUGUUAACAAGAUCAAACAAUAAAUUAUAUAAUUAAAAAGCUCA